CAGUCGAGGAGGAUCUCAAGAGGCCGCAUCACCACGCUACAGUACCGGCUUACCGUAACACCAAGCAACGUUACCACAAGAUAUCUGACUCUGUGUUAAGCAGAACCACACGGCUGCACACACUCCAGGACGCCAAACAACGUGACUAAAAUAUACUUGUAUAUGGUAGCACGAGAACCGGACAGCACGGGACAACUUUACCUGCAGGAACAUCAAACAACUUAAAGACUCUUCAUAACACAGAGCUAUGGAGGGAAGAGGUGUAGUAGUGGUGGCGGCGGUGGUGGUGAUGGUGGUGUGUGUGGUAACGACUCAGGCCUCCCAGGACACGCUACUGCAGGAGGUGCUGAAGGACUCCCAAGAGCUCCACCAACCCAUCAAGGACCUCAUCGAACAGCUGACAGAGGAAGGCAAGGAUUGGUUCAGAAAGACAGGCCAAGAACAACAGGAAACGGAAAGGACAUCGAAUAAACAGGAUGAGGAGGGAACAAGGAACAAACAGGAGGGCGGAACAAGGAACAAGUUGGACCAGGAGAGUACAAGGAAACAAGAGGGUGUGAACAGUAAACAACAGAGGAACAAUGAAUCCAUAGAAAACAGAGAGAAGCAAAACAAAGAAAACCAGGUGACGGAACAGCAACAAAAGCAACAAAAGCAACAACAACAAGGUAACAACAACAAAAGAACAGGCCGGGAGGUGCAGGACGCCGCAGGAGGCACAGAGGAGGCAGGUCGACUGUUUCUGACGGGUCUAGACGGGACAGAACAGGUGACUAUCAACCUGCAGGGUCUGUUGGCCUCCUUAGUGUACACUGUGUUGGGUGUUCUGCUCUUCAAGGUGUUGGCCGCCAUCAUCACAGGCCAGAACCUAUCUUACUGGUGGAACAACUGGGCCAGCCGCCUCCUGCCCACACAAGACUACUCGUCCGGCUACUACACAGACCAAAGUACCUACACUGCCUACAGAGCUUUGGAUGACGUGGCCAAGAAAUACCGGGAGGAAUGAUCUUCUCCACGCUGGCUGGCUCCUGUCUGACUCAUAGAUGGCUGAAUACUGACUCAUACAUGGCUGAAUACUGACUCACACAUGGCUGAAUACUGACUCACACAUGGCUGAAUACUGACUCAUACAUGGCUGAAUACUGACUCAUGCAUGGCUGAAUACUGACUCAUGCAUGGCUGAAUACUGACUCAUGCAUGGCUGAAUACUGACUCAUACAUGGCUGAAUACUGACUCAUACAUGGCUACCUGCAUGUAAAUCCUACCUGGCAGAAAUGAGAGGUGUUCAUUGUCUCCUCUGGGUGUAUGAGUUAAACAUGGUGGAAAAUAAUUACCCGUGUUAUUAAUGACUAUGAUUGUGCUAAAUUGCUGACACUAUAGACAUUGCUGACAAUAUCGACAUGGCUGACGCUGCACACAUUGCUGACGCUGCUAACAUUGCUUACACUAUAGACAUUGCUGAACUAUCGACAUUGCUGACGCUGCUAACAUUGCUGACACUAUAGACAUUGCUGACAGUGUUGACGCUAGACAUUUCUGACACUAACCACAUUGCUGACAUUAACGACAUUGCUGACACUACUGAUGUUGCUGACACUUCUAAUAUUACUGAUAAGGCUGACACUACUGACAUUAUUAACACUACUCAACAGUGUUAUACAGUCGCCCUCCUGAACCACGAACCCCUAGAGAGAGACUCGUGAACCCGGAGCAGUAGACUGAAGCAUUAUGUGUGUUGAUGUAUUAACUUGAUGUGGCGGGUUAACUGAACCUUAACCAAACUUGACUACUGGUUUAAUAUUUUUGUUGAGUGUAUAGAAGCAAUGUUUUCCAUACACUGUUGUAAAUAAAAUGAUAAAUAUA